CUAAGGGGUUCCCUUUAAGACCUUCGCCUUUGCCGCUCCCGGCCCGCGCCCCGUCCUCGUCGCUCAGCGCUGGGCGCUCGCAGCAGUCGCGCCAUGUCGCGGCCGAGCUCAGGGGUGUCGCGGCCCUCGCGGCCUGGGACGGCGGCGGGGGAGCGGCCCCGCAGCGCCAACGUGCAGGCCUUUCAGCGGGGCAAGGAGGCCGCCUACGUGGAGGCCGUGGAGAUUUGCCGGCAGGGGCUCACCAACGUGAGUGGGCACCUGCUCACCAGCUUCCACGAGGAGCUGCAAAGCCUGGGUGCCACCCUGCAGCUGCAGGUGAACGAAGCCAUGGAGGAGCGGCAAAGGAGGGCGGACGAGAAGCUGGACCACCUGCUGCUGGCGCUCCAGGAUCGGGGCCGCAGCGAGAGCCCCAGGCGGAAUUACUUCGCAGGCCUUGCCCACGACGGAGGCAAGAUCGAGGCCAACAAGCAGUUGGUGAAGCGAAGGGAGGAGCAGAUUAGCAACAUGUUGGUGGUGCUCGAGAAGUUGGAGCAGCGCUCCGCGGUGGAUCGGUCCCAAGCCUUGGAGCAGCAGCUGCAGCUGCUCACCGAUAAGUUUGACUUGAUGGACAACCUGCUUCGAGCCAUGGCUGCGCGGAAGGAGGAGCCCGCCUCCCCCCGGGAGCGCCGGAUGUUGGACCGAGCCGAGUCCAUGACGUCGGUGCGCAAGGCGCCCAGCGCCACCGAGGAGGCUCCCACGCCGCGAGCCCCGAGAUACUGUGGAUGGCGCGACAGGGGCGGGUGUGGUGAAGGCGGAGCUGUUGUGCUCUUUGAAGCAGAGCACGACGUUGACCAGCUGUACCACGAAAUCAAAGCAUCUCGGAAGCUGGUGAACCGCAACUUCCGCUCCACGAUCAAGGAGAUCAGCCGCAUCCAGCAGGCGUUGAACUUGGAUUACGCGAUUGCUUCGGAGACGGAGUCAGACGGAUCCAGCGCAAGCGCAGGAGGAUCACACGGAGCAUCUCCUGCAGCCUCGGUGCAUGUGCGGGUGGCGACGGUCGCAGCCGCAGCCACGCCGUCCGCGCCCUCUGCGGCGCCGUCGCCCGCGCUGUCGCGGGAGACGACUCCGCCGGCGUCCCCGGCGAAGGCGGCGGCGGCGAGCGCCAAGCCCGCGCCGUCUGCGCCGGAGCUGCCCUCGUCGUCGUCGGUGCCCACGCGGCAUGACAGCAAAGUUCCAAGUUCCAGGUCAGCCAGAUCCCUGCUGCCGGAGUCGCGGGAGAACUCGGAAAGGGGCACUCCCAGACCAGCUCAGGACGAGAACUACCAGGACACUCGGCGCCCCUCGCGCAGCAAUCGCUCAAGAUCUCGUGAGCCAGAGGCAGAGCGAGGUCCCGGAGGGGUGGUCGAAGCACCGAAGCGCAUUUGGAAGCGGGUGCGGGAGAUGUGGACGCAGACGGAGAUAGCGCUCGAAGAGAGGGGAGCGCAGACGGAUCCCAUGCAGAGGGUGGCAAAGAAGACGCCGGGAUUUGCCGCCUCCCUCUUUGGCAAGAAGGAAAAAUCCGGGGACAUGGGCCGGAAGAUGACCAUGAACGAUUUGGACACCAUGAAGGCACGUGCACGAAAGGCCUUGAUGAAGCCGCAGUACGACGUGACCAACUUCUACAAGACCGAGGGUUGCUUCCAAGCAAUUGCAAGGUCGUCCAUGUUUGACCAGUUCACAGUGGCCAUUGUCAGCAUCAACGCCAUUUGGAUUGCCAUUGAUGCGGACAACAACGAUGCCCUUCUCCUUUAUCAGGCUGCGCCGGUCUUCCAGGUGGUGGAGAACCUGUUCUGCACCUACUUCUUCGCCGAGGUCCUUAUCCGCUUUGGUGCCUUCGCACAGAAGAAGCGGGCCUUUAUGGACAAGUGGUUUGUCUUCGACGCGGUGCUGGUGCUGAAUAUGGUCAUAGAGACCUGGGUUUUGCCACUUGCGUUAAUGGCGUUCAGCUCAGAAGAUUCUGCAAACACCAUAGAUGUCUCCAUGCUGCGCAUGCUGCGCCUGGUGAAGCUCACCCGCCUCAGCCGCGUCACCCGGCUGCUGCGCUCGGUGCCGGAGCUGGCGAUCAUCGUGAAGGCCAUCGGCCUCUCGGCCCGAUCUGUCAGCGUCUUCUUCUUGCUGUGGUUAGUUCUGAUCUACGUCUUUGCUGUGAUCCUGAGGCAGCUGACACAAGGGACAGACUUUGGCUCCGCCUUCUUCGUCUCUGUUCCCAUGGCGAUGGACACGCUGCUCAUGGACGGCAUCCUGGCAGAUUACGCGCCCUUGCUGGACGCAGUGCCGCAAGGGCAGAUCGUCGAGUGGGGCUUGCUGCUCUUCUUCGUGUUGCUGGCGGCCAUCACCAUCAUGUACAUGCUGGUGGGCGUGCUUGUGGAGGUGGUUGGCGCACUGGCGCAUGCUGAGAAGGAGAGCCUCACGGUGGGCUGGGUUGCCUCCUCUUUGCGCAAGAAGAUGGAGAGCUUCGGCCACGACACCGAGUCUCCGUUGAGCAAGUCCGAACUGCAAGAUGUUCUCCUGGAUCCAGACAUCACCGACGUCCUGCAGUCUGUGCAGGUCGAUGUGGUGGCCCUGAUGGAGCUGGUGAACAUCGCCUAUGAGGACUCCGAGAAGACGGGGAACCCCAUGACCUUCGAGAAGAUUGUGAGCCUCGUUCUUAAUGGCCGGGGGCAGAAUACCGCCUGCGUGAAAGACACCUCCGAGCUUCUGAGGAUCUUGAAGCAAACCAUCAUCCAGCGGACCAGUGAGGCGACAGAUAAGCUGCAAGAGGAGAUCUCGACAGUCUACCGAACCAUCCAGACCAUGCGCGAGGAACAGUUCGAGGCGACAGGUGGCGCACUUCAGGCCUUCCGUGUCCAGGACGACGAGCCGGAGCCGUCCCGGCGACGGGAGCCUCGCGACGAGGAUUCCAAGAGGUCGACGCAAGUCUCAGGCCGGCGCACCAUGAACCGGGGCGGGUCAAGAGCCGAUGAGUAAAGGAUCUCGAUCGGCGAACCUCACCAAAGCGACA